AGAAACCAUAACCAGAGGGAGUAUUCCUAUUUCCAAGAAAAAACUUUGGAACAUCCUAUUCGAAAUUCUCUCCGAUGCUAAAACCACCAAAACCUUAAAAAUAACCUAAAGAUGGCAAAAAACCCAUAAAAUAAAUUAUACUAUAUUCAUCUUUGUUCUAAAAUCGAGAAUGAAAGAACCGGCAAAGAUCCUGACCCAGUUGCCGAAACGGGCCCUCGAUCUCGAUUGGAAGCUCCUGCUUCUCCUUCUAUUUUCCGUCACCUUUCUCGUCUACGUUUCUCUCUCCGCCUCCUCCUCCGCCGCAUUAUCUCUUUCUCUUAGCCGUUUUUCCUCUUUAAAUUCCAUAUUCCGCGGCCGCGCCCCGCCUACCCGAGCCGAGCCCCGGCCCGGGACCCAUCUGAACGGGUCGAGAAUUGCCGUUUGUUUGGUGGGCGGGGCCCGCAGGUUCGAGCUCACGGGCCCGUCCAUCGUGGAGAGAAUCCUCCGGGUCUACGAAAGUUCGGAUCUUUUUCUCCACAGCCCGUUGGAUGCGAACUCGUUCAAGCUUCUGCUGUUGAACGAUGCGCCGAGGAUUGCUGCUGUGAAAAUAUUCAAACCCGAACCCAUACCCGAGACCGAGUCGGAGGCCCGGGUUAUGGCGGCUGCCAACUCGCCCAACGGCAUACAGGGCUUGUUGCAGUAUUUCAAUCUGGUAGAGGGCUGCCUAAAAAUGGUCAAAGCCUACCAAGAAGAGAACAAUUUCACUUAUGAUUGGGUCAUCCGAACAAGAGUUGAUGGUUAUUGGUCUGGACCAUUAGGGCCCGAAAACUUCAUUCCGGGCCAAUAUGUAAUUCCACCGGGCUCGUCUUACGGUGGCCUAAAUGAUCGAUUUGGAGUGGGAGACUACAACACCUCAGUCGUAGCACUUUCAAGGCUCUCCUUAAUCCCUCAGCUCGACUCGGCUGGGUUGACUCAGCUCAACUCGGAGGCUGCUUUCAAGGCCCAACUUACCACCCAAAAGGUCCAAUUCACUACUAAGCCUCUCCCUUUUUGUAUAGUUACAGAUCGUGAAUAUGCAUUUCCUCCGGCCCGUUUUGGGGUGCCUGUGGCCGCGUUGUCUAGCUCAGGCCCACUUAGUGGCGCCAAGUGUAGGCCCUGCAGGCCCGUAUGUACUCGAUCUUGUGUUGGGCCUGUCAUGAAUAGGCUUGAUCAAGGGUGGAGCUGGACUGAGUGGGCUGGAAACACACUUGAGCUUUGUGAUGCACACAGUACGUGGGAAAAUGGGUGGGAGAAAUUGUUUGAUAAAGUUGCUGGGGAAAAACUGGCUUCUGCGAGGAAGAAAGUUGGGGCUUUGGAUAUGGGCCGAUGCAUUGAUGGAUUUGAUAGAAUGAAGAGACGGACGGCCCAUUGGCAUGGGACUGCACCAGAGGAAAUUUGCAGGCUGGGCCUGAAGUUGAGGUGAUGACCAAGCAGAUGCAUAACACUGUGGGUGUAGUUUGAAUUUUCUUUACUUCUGUUUUUACAUAUUUCUCUUUUGAUUUUUUGGGCUUGUAAAGUCGAGGGGUUUUUCAGGUUUAACACACAGAUCACAUCACACUGCUAUUUAGUAUAUACAUAUAUCAUUCUGCACGAUUGUAUAUACUAUCUUAGGUUUCAUUGUUAGAAUAAAUAUAGAAAUUUUGUUACUUUUAAAUGGUGCACUCG